AUGGAUUCAAAUGCACGUAUCGCACGGGUGGUAGGCCUGCUCACUGUCAUUCUGUCCUUCACUCAUUUCCAACCUGCCUUCGCCCUUCGAGUGCUAAGCAAUCCCGCAGCAGCCCAUGCCAGUGCUGAUAGCGAAGCUUCUCUAGCGGGAGCUUCAGCUGCUACUGCCUCUGAAUCAGGAACAAGUGGUCCAGAGGCAGCGAGCGUGAUGCAGAGCGGUGCAGCGGACCCGUGCACGCUGGAGAGUGACGUGGAAGAUCUUCGGUCCGUGGUCAACGGAGUCAACAACCACUACGUCUACAAGGACACUGCCGUUGACUCGCCGGACCAGACGAACCUUCCCAGCAGCGUCGACAUCGUCGCGGAGCUGACGGCCAUUCUGCAGCGCGCCGAGCGGGGCGAAUACGAACGGCUGAUGGACGCCCACGUGGACACGUUCAACGCGAUCAACGGCCUGAACGACGGCCACACCAUGUUCAGGUCGGGAUGCUUCUUCGGCAUGGCUACCUUCUUCCUGCCGCUCCCGCUUUUCGCGGUCGUGGAGGACGGUCAGCAGAUCGUUCGCGUCGCCACGCGCCAAUACCUGGAGCGCACACUGACUGGCCUCUCUCCCUCCCUCCCCCAGGUGCUCACCAUUGAGGGCCAGCCGGCAGUGCAGUACAUCAAGCAGUGGGCGGACAAGCACGGCGGCAUGGUGCGCAACCCCAGUGCGCGCUUCAACAUGAUGUUUGCCGCGCUCGACCCAGAGGGGCGCGCCAGAUUGAGCCACCACGCGGGGGAGUUUGUUGUGCGGGAGCUGGUUCCAGAGAGCGACACGCUGCAGGUGUCCAUUCUGAGAGGGGGGGCAGCAGAGAACGUGAGUGUGCCAUGGAUGGCUAUCUCGCGCCCAGAGACCUUCACCGACUCCCACUCCUACUGGACCCUCAACUGCGCCAAGCACAACGAGAGCUGUCCAGGCAACGCUGCAAGGAACGGCAGCAGCGGCAGCAGUGACAGUGGAAGCGGCAGCGAGGAGGCGCCACCUCCUAUGUUUGAGCUUGAUGUGCUGAGGAUGCGACCCCAGUACCAGCAAUACCAGUGGCCCCACAGGCGCCAGCAGCAGCAGCCACAGGAGAAGCAGGAGCGCAAGGAGGAAGCAGGGCCGCCAAGCAGUGAUGUGCAGAGCAGCGACAAUGUUGCACAGGCGAUAGUGGCUGGCGGGGAUGGGGCAGCCAUCACAAUGGAGAAGGUGUCUGCUGACGAUGCCUACUACCUGAUGUCACUGUUCGUGCUGAAACGCUAUCAAGAACCGCAUUCAACCUCCCAGCUCUCCUUUCUCUCCCCUGGCCGGACCCCUCAACCCCUCCUAACCGCACUGCACCACUCUCACGUGUAUUUGUUGAGCAACCGCACAGCAGUGAUCGUGCUGCACCACGGCGAUGAUCAACCGCACCCUCUGGUGAGCAACCGCACGGCAGUGAUCGUGCUGCACACAUUCUCAGUCAGCAGGCCUGCCCUGAAUCCCGUUGCAUACCUCGCUGAGGAGAUUCUCAAAGCCAUGGAUGCUGCAAGGCGCACCAACUGCACGGAGGUCAUAUUCGACGUGCGCGAUAACGGCGGCGGGCUUACCGUGCUGGCCUCAGUCACAGUCGUCGCGCUUCUCGGCACGCGCAACGUGCCUCUGGCUGACGCAACCCUACCCAUGGACUUCAUUAUAGGCACAAACUUCACCUGGAGCCUCGUGGAGGAUCAGGCCAUUCCUAGGUACGCCACUAACGCGUACACUCAGCCCAGCGACGGCGCGUCGCUCCUCUCGUCUUCUCAAGACUACACUCCUCUGCAAAACGUCUCCUUCUCCGCCGCCGGCCGCGCCGGAACCUAUACCGCGGAUUUUAAGUUGGAUUUCGGUAAAAUCUACGGCGAAUUGGCGGAGAAACCCGGGUCGGCGGAGCCGUUUUUCGGCGCGCGGCCGUUUCUGUUUCUGGCGGACGGCGACUGCUUUUCCACCUGCGCCAUCCUCACGCACAUGCUGGGUAAACGCUACAAAGUACCCAUGGUAACCGUGGGUGGUUUCCUUAACCAGCCCAUGUCCGUGAGCGCGUUGUGCCUGGGCUACACCAUGCGCUCGUUAAACUGCGACGUCUCGGUUCCGCUAAGCCGCACCACCCACGCCAACGACCCGCGCGCGUCGAAACCGUUUAAGACGAACAUGGAUGUUUCGAUGGCGUUUACUAACGGGUAUGUGGACUCGACUGUUCCGUGCGAGUUCGAAUUUCUGCCGAGUCAGCGCCACGUGGACUACACCGUAGAUCGCAUAGACAAGCCCGAGGUCAUCUGGAGCGACGUCGCGAAACUCUUCCCAGAAUUGCCGCUGCCACCGGUGAUCGCUCGAACGCAGGCUGCAGUGUAA